UGUAACCAUUAAUUUUAUAGUAGUGCCUUGUCCAGUAUAAAUAGUUGUGAUCACAAAUCAGUUAUCUUGUAUGCUGAUUGUUCCUGCCUGAACAUUUAGUGCACUGCUGUUUGGGUUUGCCUUUUAUCCGUUAACAACAAAAACUCCAGCGGUGUCCCGUGUUUUAUGUUUGACACUCGUUAUUCGAACUGGUUGCAACUCUGGUGGCUGACAUCUGCCUGCCUAUUCACUGCCUCAUCCUGUCAGUUGACGUCACUUUUUACGUUUUUUUAAUUGGAAUUUAUUGCUGUGACCGCGGAAAAAUGGAGGCCUUGAUUCGGGUUAUGAAUCGCGUCCAGGAUGCGUUCAGUGAAAUCGGCAUCCAUGAUAUGAAGGCUUUGGACUUACCACAAAUCGUUGUGGUUGGCGCUCAGAGCGCUGGAAAGAGCUCCGUGCUGGAGAGCUUGGUUGGGGAUUUUCUACCACGCGGAAGUGGUAUUGUGACCAGACGCCCAUUAGUACUACAACUGAUACAUUUGGAUGAAAAAACCCGAAAGCGAUAUGAUGUUGACCCGACUAUAAAGGAAUUCGGGCAGUUUAAUCAUCAGGGAAGCAAAACUUUCGCUGAUUUUGAUGAAAUUCGUGCCGAAAUUGAGCAUGAAACCGACCGCUCAAUGGGCAGCAAUAAGGGGAUCGGAAGCGAUCCUAUACGUCUUAAGAUCUUCUCCGAGUACGUGGUGGACCUGACACUAGUCGAUCUCCCGGGUUUGACUAAAGUACCGGUUGGCGAUCAACCCGAAGACAUUGAGGAUCAGGUCAGAGGUCUGAUCCUCAACUUUAUCGAAAGUUCCAGUUCCGUUAUUCUUGCGGUUACGCCUGGUCACGACGAUAUGGCGACUUCAGAGUCAUUGAAGCUCGCCAAACAUGUCGAUCCAGAUGGCCGGCGUACUUUAGCUGUAAUUACGAAGCUGGACCGUGUGGACGAAGGCGUCAAUGCACGCGAGGUGUUGAACGGAAGCGUAAUCGAAGUAAAACUGGGCAUCAUUGGCGUCAUUAACCGCUCACAGCAUGGCAUCAAUACGAGCAAAAAAAUAUCCGAAGCUCGCGAAGACGAGAAGAAGUUUCUCAAUAAGUACUAUCCGGAUAUCGCGCACCAGCACGGGACGGUUGCCCUGAGCCACAAGUUGAACACGCUGCUGAUGUCUCACAUCAACACGCGCCUGCCGGAUUUGCGAAACCGGAUCAGCGAGCUGACCAAGGCGAAUAAAGAGCAGCUGUCUCAACUGGGGCAGCCCGUCGUCGAUAAAGAAUCCUGCCUGAUGCGCCUGAUAAUCGCUUUCAUCCAAGCCUACAGCGCCACACUGAACGGUACGGAUAUCCAACUGGAUGCUAACACUAAGGAAGUGGAAGUAAAGGGCGGUGCCCUCAUCAGUCAACAGAUCUUUCAGGACGCGUUUCCUCGCGGCCUAUUCGAAGUUGAUGCGCUAGGCGAUUUGGAACUGAAAACGAUUGUGCAGACACUGCGUCUGGCUGCGGGUCUAGUUCCGCCGCUCACUGUGCCGGAUAAAGCGUUCCAGGCUUUAGCGAAGCGCCAGAUCGCCCGGAUGAUGCCACCAUGUUUGCAGUGUGUCGAUUUGGUUCAUGACGAGAUGCAACGCUGUAUCCGGCGAUGCGGAGACGCCGUUCUGAACGAACUGGCCAAAUACCCGAAAAUUUUUGAAGCCAUGGUCGGGAUUGUUAGCGAGCAUCUGAAGAAAACAGCGGAAUACACUGCGGACAUGGUCAAGUACAUUAUUGAAAUCCAAGUCAACUAUAUCAAUCCGAAACAUCCAGAGUUUUGCCAGGAAAUGGAAGCGUUGUUGGAAGAGCGGUCAGCUGCUCGGAGUGAAAACGGCGGAGAGGGCGAUAGUCAGGAUGAUUCUGAAGAUGAUACGGAUUUUAUCGCUGCGAUCAGAGCAAAGCUGGCAAAAGAGAAGCAGUCAGGUGGAGCGCCGAAUUUUUUAACCGAAGAGGAGAAAUAUAGCCCAGAAAAUCUACCUCCUCGGGAACUAGAGGAUGUUGAGUUGAUGAAGAAAUUGGUGACCAAGUACUACGUCAUUGUGCAAAAGAUCGUCUAUGAUUCCGUCCCGAAAGCCAUCGUGUAUUCCUUGGUGGAGCGAACCCGGGCGUCAUUGUACCAGGUUCUGUUUACGGAGUUGUACAUUCCGGCCGCGACAAGUGGUUUCGCAAUUCUUGAAGAAGCAGUGGAGAUCACGGAACGCCGGAAGAAUAUUAUGGCUAUGCUGGGCGCACUGAAGGAAGCGACAAAGAGUCUCAAUGAAGUGUGGACUCUGUAAUCUUCAGAUGUACAGAUGUGCUGCCUGCGGUGUAAAAUAACGGUCGCUUGUUUUGAAUUUAUUACAUUUUGUCACGGUGGAAUAAAUUUAGUAUUUGCUUUCGGUCUCGUUUUGUUGCAUUUUGGUGAACUUUAACGAUAUUCGUCAGUUUAAUUUCAAGGAUGGCCUUACGUUGUUUCUUACGCUUUUGUGUACUUGUUGCGUGAAAGUGGGUACACUUCGAAUUCGCUUUCUUGAUGCCAAGCUAAUGGUAAAAUUUGCGAAAUCUUGA